GGCACCGAGCGGUCCAGCGGCGGGGCGGCGCUACGGCCAGUCGCCUGCGGACGGAGGGAGGGAAGGAGGCGCCCCGCCCGCGUGGCUCCGCCUGGCCAGGCCCCUCCCUCCCGGCGCAGGAGCGCGGCACUUGCGCGGCAGCCAGCAGGGCCAGCCGCACGGAGGAGGAGGCGGCGGCGGCGGCGGGGGCGCGCCGGGUGCGGGCCGGCCUGCGCGCGGGGGCGGCCUUUGUGGGCGGUGGGGGCGCCGGUGCGGCGCGGCCUGGCCGUCUGGGCGGGCGGGCGGGCGGGCGGGCGCGCAGGAUGGCGGGGCGUCCGCGGGGGUGGUGGAGCCACGAGGAGGAGGAGGAGGCGUCGGCCGGCGUCGGCGGCGAGGAGGACCUGCCGGUGUACCUGGCGCGGCCGGGCAGCCGGGCGCAGACUCCGCGGCAGAAGUACGGCGGGAUGUUCGCGGCGGUGGAGGGCGCGUACGAGAACAAGACCAUCGACUUCGAGGCCUACAGCGUCGGGCAGAAGGGCGGCCGCACCCCGCGCAGCGCCAGCCGGCACGGAGACCUGCUGCUCCUGGCCGCCGACGGCGCGCCCAGCCCCGACGCCAGCAGCCCCGACCUCUCCGGCGGCUCCUUCCUCGGCUCGCCCGGCGCCCCCGCCGCCGCAGACAGGGACCAGCAGCAGCAGCACCCGCCGCCCUCCGCCGCCCCCCGCCGCGAGCCCCCCGGGCCCAAGGAGCGCCUCUGGCUGCACGGCCUGGCCCGGCCCCAGAGUGAUCGGCUACUCAUUAAAGGUGGACGGAUUAUCAACGAUGACUGCUCAUUCUAUGCAGAUGUGUAUCUCGAGGAUGGACUCAUAAAGCAAAUAGGCGAGAAUUUGAUUGUUCCGGGGGGAGUGAAGACCAUUGAGGCAAAUGGGCGGAUGGUUAUUCCGGGAGGCAUUGAUGUCAACACUUCCCUCCAGAAGCCCUGCCAAGGCAUGACUGCUGUGGAUGACUUCUACCAAGGCACGAAGGCUGCACUAGCGGGAGGAACCACCAUGAUCAUUGAUCACGUCCUUCCGGAACCCGACUCCAGUUUAUUGACCUCAUUUGAAAAGUGGCACGAGGCAGCAGACACCAAAUCGUGCUGUGAUUAUUCUCUCCAUGUGGAUGUCACCAACUGGUAUGAUGGGAUUAGGGAAGAACUGGAUAUUCUGGUGCAGGAUAAAGGUGUUAAUUCCUUUCAAGUCUACAUGGCCUACAAAGAUCUCUACCAAAUGACUGACAGCCAGCUAUAUGAAGCCUUUGGCUUUCUGAAAAGUCUGGGAGCCGUAAUCAUGGUCCAUGCUGAAAAUGGGGAUUUGAUAGCUCAGGAACAGAAGCGGAUGCUUGAGCUGGGGAUCACUGGCCCAGAGGGGCAUGCCUUGAGCAGGCCAGAGGAGCUCGAAGCCGAAGCAGUUUUUCGGGCCAUCACAAUUGCUAGUCGGAUCAACUGUCCAUUGUAUGUCACCAAGGUCAUGAGCAAGAGUGCUGCUGACAUCAUUUCCUCGGCUAGAAAGAAAGGUGCUCUUGUCUUUGGGGAGCCAAUCACGGCCAGCCUGGGAACCGACGGGACACAUUAUUGGAGCAAAAACUGGGCCAAGGCCGCCGCGUUUGUGACCUCGCCCCCUCUGAGUCUGGAUCCAACGACCCCUGACCAUUUGACCUCCCUGCUUGCUUGCGGUGACCUGCAGGUGACAGGCAGUGGCCACUGUACGUACAGCACGGCCCAGAAGGCAGUCGGGAAGGACAACUUCACUCUGAUCCCGGAAGGUGUUAAUGGGGUUGAGGAGAGGAUGUCUGUGGUCUGGGAUAAGUGCGUGUCCACAGGUAAAAUGGAUGAAAACCAGUUUGUUGCAGUUACCAGCACCAACGCAGCCAAAAUUUUUAAUCUGUAUCCACGAAAGGGCAGGAUUGCCGUGGGCUCUGAUGCAGAUAUCGUGAUCUGGGACCCAGAAAAGGGGAAGACCAUCACGGCCAAAAGCCACAAGUCGGCUGUCGAAUACAAUAUCUUUGAAGGCAUGGAAUGCCACGGAGCGCCCCUCAUAGUGAUUAGCCAAGGGAAGAUUGUGUUUGAAGAUGGGAAUUUCCAUGUAAAUAAAGGAACCGGCCGUUUCAUUCCCCGGAAACCUUUCUCUGAGAACCUUUAUCAGCGCAUCAAAAUUAGGAGUAAGGUAAUAGAAUUACAAGGAGUGUCCCGAGGAAUGUAUGAUGGGCCAGUCUACGAAGUCCCAGCGACUCCAAAGUAUGCAACUCCCGCACCUUCCACUAAAUCGUCUCCUGCCAAAAACCAGCCUCCACCAAUCAGGAACCUCCACCAGUCUAAUUUUAGCUUAUCAGGGGCUCAGGUAGAUGACAACAACCCCCGUCGCACCGGGCAUCGCAUUGUGGCACCCCCUGGUGGUCGCUCCAAUAUUACCAGUCUUGGGUAAUCUCAGGUGGAAAAGAAAGAAGGCAGGCGGGUGGAAAUAAUCCAAUUUCCCUUUGAUGUCCUUGUUGUUGAACCCACAGUUUUAUUCGGUGCUAAUGAAGAAAAGAAAAAGAGAGAGAAUUGUCUUUUCCCCCCUUUUGCUUAAUUUCUGCCUAGACAGGCGUCAUCAUAGUGUGGUGUGUUUGCUUGGGACUGAUAGCCCCACCAUUGUGCUUUUUGUGUCACUGUCACCUUAAAGCCAGGUGCUUCCACUUCCCCACCCCCCACUUAGUGACUCCACUGCUUUUUGCUUUGUCUUGUCAGUACCUGAUGGUUCCUUUGCACCUCCUCCGCCCAGCCCCUCCCCCCUUAGCUGUGCUAGAGUAGAAGAUGCAUGAGACGAAGUUAUUGAUGCCAGCGGCUGUUUGUGAGUCCACUUUAGAACAUGUUGCCAACAAUGAACUAGACACAAUGUGCCGAAAGAAGAAAUGCCACAAAAGAGGAGGACGGAUGGACUUUUUAAAAAGUAUGCAAUAGACUAGGGCCAGCAGAUUUCUGUUGAUACCUAUUCAGUUCUUCUAGACCCACCCAAGAAACAUUUGCUACGCCGAGUGGCCACUGAUCCAUGUAGUCCCUUCCAAGUCAGUGUUGUCGUUUAUUUCUAGGGAGAGCCACAACUUCACACAGCGAUUCUGUCGCUGUUUUGUUCAGGGGAUUUCCAUGUACGGGCAGUUAUGCUCGCCUUUGCAUGAUAUUUUUAGUACUUCAAAUAGUUCAAGUUGCUGUUGGAUUUUUAAAGUUUUUGUACAAAGUUUUUCUCCUUUGUAAUCCACAUUCAUUUUUACUUCUGAUAAUGUAAUAGAUUGACUAGUCAUGGUUCAUUUUCUGAAUGGAAAGCUUGUGAAAUAAAAGGAAAUGUUUUGUC